AUGACCGGCGAACUCCACCAUGACACCGUUCAAAGCGACAAUGCCAGCCCUGAGAUUCACCCUAUCUCGUCACAAUCAGACCACUCUCCUUCACUGGAUCUCGAGAGGACGCCGACGAUCAGGAUAAGAGAUCCUCGGGCAGACGAAAAACCCGACCUGGUGCGCAUCCGGUCGACAAUCUCGGCGCAUGACAUCCAGGGUGUGCCCAGCCAUGGCAGUUCCUUCGUCGAAGUCAACGCCGCCCAAUAUGAGCGUUUCAGUGAGCGUCGGAAAGUCGUCAUCACCUGUGUCCUCUCUCUGUGUGGCUUUCUGGCUCCUAUUUCGUCAACCACCAUCCUUUCAGCCAUCCCCGAGGUAGCAGCCACCUACAACACCGAUGGAACCAUUAUCAACUUGUCGAAUGCUCUAUACCUCAUCUUCAUGGGCCUGUCGCCUUCCCUCUGGGGACCGAUCUCCAACAUCUAUGGCCGUCGAUGGGUAUGCAUCAUCACCGCCAUCCUCUUCUUUGCAUUCAGCGUGGGCACUGCGCUCGCCCCGAACCUGGCAUCCUUUUUCAUCUUCCGAAUGCUCACCGCAUAUCAAGGGACCUCGUUCUUGAUUGUCGGAAACUCCUGUUUAGGAGAUAUCUACACCCCGACAGCCCGAGCCACAGCCCUCGGCUGGUUUCUCUCAGGGACACUGAUCGGCCCUGCGUUUGGGCCUUUCAUCGGAGGCAUCAUCGUCACGUUUCGUUCCUGGCGUGACAUCUUCUGGCUGCAGUCUGCCCUCGGCGGCCUCGCAGCCGUCCUGGUGAUCUUGUUGCUGCCCGAGACGAUCCCGGAAAAGAAGAUUCACGAUCUCCGCGAACUUUCGCGAAAAGAACGGACACUGCACAUCAUUCAUUGGGUGUCUCCUUUCCGGAUCGCCAUAUUACUCUUCUCGUACCCAAACCUGAUCAUCGCCGGCCUCGCUUCGAGUGCUCUCGUCUGGAACAUGUACGGGUUGCUCACCCCAAUUCGCUAUGUCCUCAAUCCGCGGUUCCACUUGACAUCUCCAAUCCAGUCAGGGCUUUUCUACAUUGCACCUGGGUGCGGCUAUCUGUUGGGCACCUUCUUCGGCGGGCGUUGGGCUGACCACAUUGUCAAGAAAUGGAUUCGGAAGAAAAACCGGCGCGUGGCUGAGGACCGGUUACGGUCAUGCUACGUCUUCAUUGGCGGCGUUGUGCCGGCUUGUAUGCUCAUAUACGGAUGGUCGGUCGAGAAAGCGGUGGGUGGUGUUCCUCUCCCCGUGGCGGCAAUGUUUGUCCAGGGAGUCGCACAACUCUUCUGCUUCCCCAGCCUCAAUACCUACUGUCUCGAUGUCAUGCAGUCCAAAGGUCGAUCCGCCGAAGUGGUGGCGGGGAAUUAUAUGAUCCGCUACGCAUUUGCUGCCGCAGGGUCUGCCGUGUGUCUGCCCGCGAUUGAAGCAAUUGGGGUUGGCUGGUUUAGCACUAUAUCUGCCGGGUUUCUUGUGAUCAGCGCGGUUGGUGUGUGGGCCACGACCACAUGGGGAGAAGGCUGGAGACAUGCCGUCGACGACAAGAAGAAAAAGAAGAGGAAACAGAGAGAAGAAGAGAAGGCAAAGGAGAAAGGUGGGAAUGAAGGUGUGUGA